GGCCGCACCGUGCAUUUAGUCGAGUCGCAAACAGUUUCGUGAGCGGUUACAGUUACAGAAAUGAUGGAGGGUGGCACUACUAUCAAAUUGUUGGACCUGCCCGGGCAGCAGGUGAGCGAGUGGCUUCGCAGCUUUGAUACGGUUCUCAGCGACGGCGACGGCACCAUAUGGCAGGAUGAUACGGAAAUCGAGGGUGCAGCGGCUGUGUUGAAUGCCCUGCAGAAUCAUCACGGAAAACGUGUCUAUCUGAUCACCAACAAUGGACUGAAAACACGAAGUGAACUGUUCGGGCGGGCUCAGCGGCUGGGCUUCCAAGUGCCAAAUGACCAGCACAUCAUUUCGCCCACGGCCACCAUUGUGGAUCAUCUGAAGCAGCUUCCAGACUUCGACAGCAGCAAACACAAGGUCUAUGUGGUGGGCAAUGCAGCCAUUGGCAGGGAGCUAAGGGAAAACGGCAUCGACAGCUACGGGGCCGGGGCGGAGGAGCCGUUGGGCAAGGGCGACAAAUGGCAGGACUUUGCAAUGCGAGAGCUUACCAAGCCCGAGGCGGCCGACAAUGUGGGUGCCGUUGUGGUGGGCUGGGAUGAACACUUUAGCUACUGCAAAAUGGCCCGUGCCUGUCACAUCCUCUGCCGCAACGAGAACUCUGCCUUUCUGGUUACCAACAGAGAUGCUGUGCACAAGUAUCCCACCGUCUGCAUUCCCGGCACCGCCGCCUUUGUGGCUGGCAUCGAGGCGUGUGCGGGCCGUGAGGCCUUGGAAAUGGGAAAGCCAAAUCCUGUCGUCCUUGAACCAUUGAUUCAGUCCGGCGCCCUGCGGCCGCAACGCACGCUGAUGAUAGGCGAUUGCCCGAAAAUGGAUAUCGCCUUUGCCAGAAACUGUGGCAUGCAAUCACUGCUGGUCGGGACUGGCAGCUUUCCACUGGAUAUCCUGCAGCGGAACGGCCAUCUGCCCCAGCCAGAUUUUUAUCUACCCAAACUGGGUGACCUACUGCAAUUUCUAUAGGCAAAACGUGUCGCAUUCGUAUGUAGAAAGGCACGAGGCCAUAAACCAUAUUUUAUCAGCUAUCAAACCGAUGUCAAAUCAGCUUAUUAAAUGAUC